UAUUUUUCCUUUGUGUCACUGUGGGUUACAGAAUGGAACAUGCAACACGAUGCAGCUCUCCUGCUCGUUUUCCAGUGGGAUUACCGGGGCUGACUGGAGGGAUAUCUGUGUUUGAAUUCAAUUAGUUCACUUUCCUCUCUGGAUUAGUAGCCCAUUCUGAUUAAGUCUUGUUAUCUGGUGCUUCAACUCAGUCCAGUGACUGAAGACUCUUGAUCUGCCGGAUCAGCUCCUUCCAAAUGCCCUUUGACACAAGAAUACAAAUCCAUGCCUUACUAUUGGUCUUGUUGUUCAUGGAAAACAAAAAUCCCAGACACUGUGCUGCAUAUCAUACUGGCUCCUUUCUUCCGAAAGUACUUCAAAGGGAGGGCAAUAUAUUGUUUCAGAAGACAAAGGUGAAUACAUUGGGUAAUGGUAGUUGAAGAUGCCGGCGCCCUGGCGAAUAUGCUGCAAUAAAAAAUCCAAAUCCAAGACUGGAAAUGCUGAAAUGGACGAUAUGGCAGACACAAGUGAUAAAAUGCAGAUGAAAAAAGAAAUUACAUUACUAAAUGGAGUUUCUUUAAUUGUUGGGAACAUGAUUGGCUCUGGGAUAUUUGUAUCUCCCAGAGGGGUUUUAAUGUACAGUGCUUCCUACGGACUCUCUCUAAUCAUCUGGGCUCUUGGCGGAAUGUUUUCACUGUUUGGAGCUUUGUGUUAUGCUGAAUUGGGAACAUCCAUUGUUAAAUCUGGAGCCAGCUAUGCCUACAUCCUGGAAGCAUUUGGUGCCUUUGUGGCCUUCAUCAGACUGUGGUCUUCUUUGCUAAUUAUCGAACCAACAACUCAGGCAGUGAUAGCAAUCACAUUUGCUAACUAUAUUGUUCAACCAAUUUUUCCUCAUUGCGAGCCACCAUAUGAUGCAGUUAGGUUGAUUGCAGCUGCUUGUAUUUGUUCCUUAACAUUUAUUAAUUGUGUGAAUGUGAAGUGGGGAACUCGCGUACAAGAUGUUUUCACGUAUGCGAAAGUUAUGGCUCUUAUCUUGGUGAUAGCUGUUGGCCUUUACAAAAUUGGUAAAGGAGAAACAGAAAACCUGAAAGCUCCCUUCGAAGGCUCAGCAACAGACCCGGGAAUGAUCGCACUGGCUCUGUACUCUGCCCUCUUUUCCUACUCGGGGUGGGACACCCUGAAUUAUGUCACCGAGGAAAUGAAGAAUCCUGAGAGGAAUUUACCACUUUCUAUUGCAAUUUCCAUGCCUAUUGUGACUAUUAUCUACUUGAUGACUAAUAUAGCAUACUAUGUAGUGCUGGACAUGUCAGCUCUCCUCACAAGUGAUGCAGUGGCUGUCACGUUUGGCAGUGAAACCCUUAGUUAUGCUAAGUGGAUAAUUCCUAUAGCUGUGGCCAUGUCCUGCUACAGUGGGUUAAACUCUUCAAUAAUUGCAGCAUCUAGGCUUUUUUACGUUGGAGCCAGAGAAGGACACCUCCCGGACAGUCUGAGCUUGAUUCACAUAAAGUGUUUCACACCAGUCCCUGCUCUUCUCUUUAAUGGCUUAAUGACUUUGCUAUAUCUCCUCGUGGAAGAUGUCUUCCUCCUCAUUAACUACUACUGUUUCAACUACUGGCUCUUUGUGGGUCUGUCUAUCGCAGGGCUAAUAUAUCUGCGAUAUACUCAGCCACACAGGCCACGGCCUAUUAAACUGAACCUCUUCUUCCCUAUCAUAUACUGUUUAUGUUCCCUUUUCCUGGUCAUAGUUCCUCUCUACAGCGACACAAUCAAUUCCCUUAUUGGCAUUGGUAUUGCCCUCUCAGGCAUUCCUGCAUAUUAUUUGGGAGUCCACCUGCCUUUUGAAAAAAGGCCUAGAUGUCUGCAGUGGCUUUCUGUUAAAACAACAAAAUGCGUUCAACUGCUCUUUCUCUGUGCACUGUCAGACCUGGACAUAGACAUGGAACCUACAGAAGCCAAGAGCAAAUAGAGCUGCACCUUGACAUUGAGAGUUGAACCUUGACACGUCAUAUCUGGAGCAUUUUUUAUAACCUGAAGUCCUCCCUGUAUCCUCAGUUAAACUAAAGCUCUAACAAUUGUCCUAUGCAUCAGUUUGAUGUCUACAAAUUUGUUCUUGUUUUAUAAACCACUCGUCAUCCUCUGUUUUACAAUUUAUAACAAAAAACAUCUGUUAACAGUUAUUGAGUAACAUUUUGAAACUAUAAAGCACCUUAUGAACAAAUAUUUAUCAGUAGAUAAGUGCUAAGUAUUAGAUAAUUGCAAAAGUGAAAUGAAAACUAUUAAGUCCCAUCAGAAUCCUAACAAAUAAAUUGACAAAUUUAACAAAAAUCAAACCAAAUACUUGCAAGAUUCAAAACCUGAGUUGGGAAGUAGAAACCAUAAUGCACUUCUAAUAAUAUUAUUAAAUUCUUGGCCAAAAUAAAAAACAUAUAGUUAAUACCGAUAGACAUGCUUUGAAUCAUUGUAGAAUUAGCAGUUAGACUAUUCUAAUGUAUAAUUCCCAGCGUACAUAUGGUACCAAAUGGAAAAAAUGAAAGUUUUCAGUCAUUUAAGUUUUGUGAGAAAAUUUCCUUUGGUGGUAUCCCACAUUCAUUACCCUUUUGCAGAAUCAGUAUUUUCAAUGCUAAAGUAUAUUUGGGGAAAACACAUUCCCAUAGUGUCCACUGCUUGCCUAGAAGUAUCAAGUGUGGCCCCAUAAACCACAUCAAUUUUUUGCACAGUAGAACUUAUUUAAGGAAUUCAUAAGGUGAAAUUAAAAACAACUGAUAUUUAGAAAAUCCCUUGAGCCACUGCCCAACCCUGCAGGCUGAUCUAUCAGAGUCACAGAAUUGUUGAUGUUGGCCUCUGGAAGUCUCCUGGUCCAUCCCUCUGCUCAAGCAGGGCCACCAAACACAGGUUGCCCAGGACUGGCCUCAGCAGUUCCUGCUGGCACAGCAACCUGCAGCUCUGCUCUUCAGCAUACAGAGAGCCUCCUGCACCUGCUACCAGCUCUCCACAUCGUUCAGAUGCCCAUCGCACAGCUGGACAAUGGCACCCACCAGCAAAUGUCAUGAAAUAAAAGGACAGUGAAGAACUACAUUCAAUCUCUUGAACAUUUUUCAGUUUGGCACACAGAAUAUGAAACCAGUCCUAAUUAGCUGCCCGAAAUGGAAGAUGAAAUAACUGUCAUGAGAAAGAAAAGAAACAAUCAACUUUGCCACCUAGGCUAAAAAAAUUGAUGGUCCGUUUCUAGUCUGCUUUGCUGAUAUUUAACACCAUUUGUUAUGCUUGUUGGCAAGUCAUACUUCUUCUGUAAUUAUAUUUGAAUGUAACAUAUAUUGUUUAUAAUUUGAAUUUUUACCAUUCCUAUUCAAUUAAUCCCAAGUAAGGUACUUUUUUAAAUCUUAUACAAAUCCCUGUAGCUUCUAGCAUUAUUGUCUUUUAUUUAUGUCAGCCCUGAGAAAGACGGAUGGAAUAUGGAAGAAGGCAAUUGUUGCUUCUGAAACCUCUCUUCAUUCCUUCCAUAUGAUGUUAAGGUUGUUUGCCAGAUGAUAAUUCCACGCAUCUCCAGCCCUGUGCUUGCUGACAGGUCUCCUGUGAAACCUUCUAUUUGUGUUUCUAUGCCAUCCAUUAUGGCAGUUGCGGUGGGACUUUCUUUUGAUUCAGAGUACAAAUGAUAAAAAUGCACUAAACCAAGGUAAACAUGAAGCUAUCAGAGCUGCAUGUUUUGCUUUUUCGAAGCUAUGACUUUCAUGCACUAAAAUCACUUUAGUAUCACAGUCACAAAACAUUAAGAGGGAAAGGGUGUGAUUUAGCUUGCCCAGCUCAGAACACUCCCACUUACACGUACACAAGCGCCUCUGUUACAGUAUAGCACUAUGUUGAUCCUGCUGUACAGUUUUACAGAAAUACUGCAUUCUCACCUCAUUUUUUAAAGGCAUUGGGUGAAUAAUGGAAUCAAGGUCUCAGAUUUUAUCAGAGCACACAGAGAGUACAAACCCUAGAAGUCAGUACCAAACAAAAUCUGACAAUCUGUCUCCCCAGAGUUCAAAGCUGUGCUUAGUGCUGAGCUAUGUGUCAUACCAGGACAGCACUGCACCAUCCUCUGAAGUUAUUCAUAACAGGACCAAAGCUACCAAAUGAUUUGAGACAAAUGAGGUGAUGUCUCAGGUGGUAACAGAUAGCAGGUACCAAAGGUAGUCUAUGAACUAAGUCUAUAAAGUCUAUGAACUAAGACCAUUUCCAUUGAGAAUUCUAAGCUGAUAAACUUUUUUUUUUUUUUUCCAAAAUCUGUUUUUGCAUGAAUCCAUGAAUCUGUUAACUUUCUGGGCAUAACACACAAGCCUCCAUUUUCUUUCUUUCAGGACAGGAGACAUAUUAAGAAUAUCAGUAGUCAGAUGCAAAGCUAUAAAUGUGAAUAAUGUUAUUGAAAUUAUGUAUGGACAUUGGAAUCUCAAAAAUGUUCAUGUGUUUGUUGAUUUUUCACUCCUUACAAAUAAUAUAUGUAAGUUAUUUUCAAAUAUCUAAAGCCAAGUCCUAGAUGCUGAAGUAUUUAAAUAAAUCAACAUUUGAUCCUUGGCAAA